AUGGAACCAGCGAUAGUUCCUCCCCCGGAUGUGCGAACAGUUAUUGACAAAACGGUCGCUGUUAUUAGACAAGGAGAUGGAAGUACACCCCGGAGGCUGCUUUUGACAAAGCCGAGGCUGUUCAGCUUCUUGAAUCCUGCUGACCCUUUCUAUGAGUGGUACCAAUGGCGGUUGAACAAUGAGGGUGAAAGCGCCGGAGAUGAACAAUUGGAGGAAGAGCCAAAAAAGCAGGUCUCUGUCGAGCCCCUGAUGUUUGUUGUGGAUCAGCCGGCUAUUUCCAGUAAAUAUCUCAAGGUGAUCAAACUCACAGCACUGUACACAUCGAAGGAUCCCGAGUUUCCUAAAGCGUUGCCAGAACAAGCUCAGUUCGCGUUUUUGGCACCCACACACUCGUUAAAUGCACUUUUCAAAGCAUACGUUGAUCAGUACACAAUUUUGAAAAUCCCUGAUCGAGUACGUGGUCUUUUAAAUGCCAACGUUUUGGAAAAGGCUACGGAUCGAGCUGAAGAACUGAAGCUACGAAAUGAGCAGGAUAAAAUACAACUACAAAGAAAAGAGCAAGAACGCAACGAGUUUUCGAGAAUUGACUGGCAAGAUUUCGUUGUAAUUGAGACAGUGGUGUUUACGGACGCUGAGAAAAUCGACAAUCGGCCUCUUCGAAAAGAAGACGUCCAGGUCAAAGCCCUGCAGCCCAAAAACAACGAGAUCAAGCUCAGAUCACCUUACACUGGCGAACUUAUACCUGCUAGUGAAUUUGACGAGCAUAUGCGUAUCAUGAAUCUGGAUCCAACAUGGAAACAGCAAAGGGACGUUUCUCGCCAACGGCAGGCCACUACUAACUUGGAUACUUCGCAGGCUGCUUCUAAUCUUAAACGCAUGAUGGCGGCUAAACCCGACGUUCCUCGGAAACGUCGGUAA